CAGUGGGGCAUCAGUAUCUCAGUCGUACUACAAAGCCCAACAAACCUCAAAAACCAACAUGAAGUUCUUCCAAGCCGCCGCCCUCCUCCUGGCCAUGUUCGCUGCCCUGGCUAAUGCCGAGCCUGUUCCCCAACCUGGAACCGUGCUUAUCCAGACCGACAACACCCAGUACAUUCGCACCGGUUAGAACUGGAGAAAGAUGUUAGCUUAUGUGCCUUCCUAUUUGAGUUUUAAAUAAAAAAUACUAAACGGAAA